AUGGAGGAGCGGAAGCGACGGCAGGAGAAGGAACGGAAGGAGCGGGAGAGAGACGAGCGGAAGGCUAGAGAAGGAGGGUCAGCGCUUCCCAGCAGCUUGUCGAACGGGCAGUUCAAGGCGGACGCGGAUUUACGGCUGAAGCGGCCGAUAUCGCGCCAGUUGUUCUGCGACGGCCUUCAAGAUGGCGAUGGUGUGUGGCGGCCCGGACCUAAAGGCUCGUGCAGGCCGCAACCGCAGCAGGCGAAGCGUCGGCUGCAGAUGGAUGCUGACGUGGACAGCAGGAGUGACGAGAGGCCGGCGAAGGUGCAGCGAAGCUACGUGCUGCAGCAGGUGGGGCAGCAACGCGGGCAGGCAGGGCGGACGCGAGGCGAGGAAGCGGCGGGUGGGCAGACUGGGGCACGCGAGCAGGCAGUGGAAACGGGCCCAGGGAGCAAGCAGGCGGGUGUGGGGCAUGGUGGGGCGUGGGCGUGUGAGCAUGAUGCAGGGAAGUCGCACGGCAGAGGGGUGGGGGGAAACGAGUGCGUGGCGGAAGUAGGGGAAGGUGGUGCUGCAAGCCGCUGUGGUGGCGGGGGGGAUGCGGCACGGCACGGCCAGGAUGGGCGCCACUAUUGCAUAACACCACGAUCAAGGAUAGGCGCAUGCCCCGUUGCUAUCCACAUUUCCCGUGACCUUCUUUCUUCCCUCUAUCCACCCCCCCCCCUCCUCCCCUUUUCCUUUUCCCAACUAUUAGCCCUCCUUUUCCUCCGCCCCACCACCAGUCUCCUCAACAGCAGAAUCGAUGCAAUCAACAUGUGUUACGUCAACGCCACACUGCAAGCCCUCGCCUCCCUUCCGCCCUUCCUCUCCCACCUCCUCCACCUGCCCCUCCCCGCCUCUCUCGCCCGCUCCUCCUCCCUCCGCCUCCCAGUCACCACUGAGCUUCAGCGGCUGACGUGGCAGCUGCUGGGCCUGCCACAUGGCAACAGCAGUGGCGCCACUGUGGGGAGCAUCAGUAGCCGAUUGAGGGGGACAGCGGGUGGCGUGGCGGAUGCGAGGGCUGUAAAGAGGGCAGUGGGGCGCAGCGCUCCCAUCUUUCAGGGUCAGGAACAGCAGGACGCACACGAGUUCCUGUGCGCGCUGCUGCACUGCCUUGCCUCUGAAGCCGCCACCAUCGCCGCUGCCGCCGCCUCUCCCGCCCACGCCCGCACGCCCACCCUCGCCCAUGCUCCCGCUCACACCCACAUGCCAACCCCCGUUGAAGGCUGGACGGGGGGAGGAAAGGAAGGAGGACUGGGGAAUGAGGAAGAGGGCGGAGGAGAGAGGGAAGAGAAGGAUGGAGGCGGGGACGAGAGGGUGGAGAAGGCGAGCACUGGGGACGGCAAUGGGUGUGCUGUUGGCAGCAAUUUCCUGUCAACGGAGCCCACUGCCUCCCGUGGCAACCCCCAAGGCAGCACCACCAUCCCACCGCCUCCAUCGUGCCAGCCACCUGCCGCUCCGUCCCCUUCGAUUGCUCAACACACACGCCCCCUCGCAUCCCGCCCUCCUCGUAACCCUUCCCCUCCAUUCCCUCAAGAGAACCCAUUUUCCGUGCCAAGAGCGACAGCUCCGCCCUCUGCUCCGUCUGGGAAGGCGCCUCAUGCUACAACCGACCCUGCCUCCUCUCGCUCCCCCUCCUCUCCUCUUGUGCCGGCUGCUGGUGCUCCGUCGGUCAACCCCUUCUCCCUGGCGAAGGCUGCAGGCAGGCCGGUGGUGUUGAAGGAGGUGGCACCUAAGGGGGUGGUGUGUGGGCUCAAGGGUGGCGGCAGGCUGAUCACACGCGUGAGUAUGGUGGGUGGAGAUGCAGAGGGAAUGGACACUGGGGAGAGCAUGGAGGGGCAGCUGGCUGACAGAAGAAACAUGAAGCUUGAGGGGAGGGAGGCAGAGCACAUUGCAGGGCAAUGGGAGGAGGGCGAGGCUAGGGAGUGUGGGGAGGUGGAGGAGGAUUGGGCAGAGCUGCUGGAAGGGGCAGCUGGUGUGCUUGGGGAGGAUGCAGGUGAUGCAGGCGAUGACAGCCCUGUGAGCGUCAUGGUGGAUGGUGGCAAGGAGAGCAGCAGCGGUGUGGGUGGUGGUGGUGGCAUGGAGGAAACGGAGGCCAACAGGGGGCGGUAUGAGUGCAGGAAGAAUGUGGACCGGGUCGAGAUUGCCACGACACUUGACGUGGGUGAGUGGUGCCACAUGGGCAUCACUAUGCCGCGAUAUUGUUCUAUCUCCGGCCAUUGUCUCCGUUUGCACCCUCUUGUGCUGCCAUAA